GCCUGAGGUGGCAGCACUGUGACAGCGAUACACUGAUUUCUUUUUUCACUUUGCAUAUCGAUUGUUUAUUUGAAAUGACCAAUUCGAAUGAAAUUUGCAACUGUUGCGAAAAUAUUUCGCAGUUUUGUGCAGGUGUGAACAAGAGAGAAAUAGUCGCAUAUUGCGUCGUCAUACACUUGAUGUUAGUGUGCGUUGUUGGAAUGUAUAUAGAUGAGAUGCCCAAAAAUGCCGAUGUAAAUAAACAAACCGUUAGAAUCGCACUGUGAAAUCGAACAUUUGCAAAUCAUGAUGUUCGAUGACAUUGUUUGAAACAAAAAAAAGGUUACCAACAAAUAGGCACAUGGCAUCGAGAAAAUUAGAAGAAUAAAUCGUAAAGCAGGCCAUUUCAACAAAAAAAAAUAACAUUAUCAUUAUGCUAUCUAAGAGCGAACAGUGGUGGUGUACAGAAUACACCGAAUAUGCUGACGAAAUUCACGCCAUUCUACGCAAACGAGAAUAUGAUCGAAUCGGUUUUGAUGGGAAAGCGCCUCAAAUCAAAUGGCGAAUGCAUCUGCUACAGUAUAUUAUGGAUGUGGCAAGAAAGCACGAAUUAACGAGAGAAACCGUUCAUUUGGCAAUUUAUAUCAUGGAUAUUUUUAUGGACAACAAUAUGAUUCGAUUGUGGCGUUUGUAUUUGGUUGCAUUGACUUCUAUUCGAAUUGCGGCAAAAUUCAUAGAAAAGGAUUUUACAUCGCCACAAGUUGAGGCACUGAGCGCAAGUGUCAAUUACUCGAAACAAGAUUUCAAUAUUUUGGAGUCGAUCAUGUUGAAAAUGUUUGACUGGGAUAUUAACAUACCGACGGCGUCUACAUUCUGCGAGUACUAUGCCGAUUUUGUGGUCGAUGAAACGGACUUUGACAACAAUCAAGCAUUGUAUGACUGUUUUGAAGACUUCAAACUACACAUGAAAUCACAGGCCAUGGACUUCCUGGAUUUAGCUCUAUUUGACUUAUCGAUGCAGCACGAUGUCCAACCAUCGAAAUUGGCGGCAAUGUGUUUGGCAGCAGCGCGAUACCAUGAAUUCAGGCAUUUGAAACCCGUGUGGCCCAAUCGUCUAAUGAAAUUGACGGAAUACAAGUGGGAAUGCAUCAAAUCCGAUAUCGUCAAAUUGUUUUCCAUCAAACUGAUACCACGCGACCAAUUAAAAGCUGAACUUGACGAAAAAAUUAAUCAAGAAUCAGAUCUUGAAUUCGACUAAACUAAAAAUUGUACAAUUGUAAUUGUUAUGUUUUCCAUUCAUUUGCAUCAACAUUAUGCAUAUUGUAUAGAGACAACCACUUUGACUGGACUUUGUAAACAAAAAGGGAUAACACGUGGCGGCUGUUUUGACACUUUUGCGAAAUAGUUCAUAAACUGUUUAGAACGCCGGCGCAAAAAUUGUCUCCCAUAUGUAUACAUCUCUACUGUAUAGCUACGUAGGCAAUAUCGAUUUUUCGAAUGUCAGUCGCAAAACAUUCUGAUACAAUUCUGGUUAGGGUUGAUUAUCAUUCUUAUCAGCGUAGUCAAAGAAAGAGCUCGAAAAAAAAAAAAUUCCACACACACCUCAAUCUCAAAUUGUAUGAUUUUUCGUUUCGAGAUUUCUCGAAAUUAGUUAAUAAAACACAACACACCAUCAAUGUCAACAAAGAAAAAAGUGAAUUAAAUUUGUUACAAAUAUUUGUAAGUAAAAGAAGCCAAA